AUGAAUGUCUCAAGGACUAGUACUAGACUGUUAAGUACUUCAUUGCACUUUCUUCAGCAAAGGUCACAACCCCGAUUUGUGAACACGAUCAAGGAAGUGUCCCAGCCAGCACAAGAAAACUCAUAUGAAAUUACCCGACCCAUUGGUUUGCCGAAGCCGGUUUUACUAAAUCACAAGCUAUCUGACACAUACUCUAUUUCAAAUAUUGGAGAAGAACUAUUUGGAGCACAAGCUAAGGAGAGGAGACAGAAAAACCUAGAUUACGAUAUCAAACACUCUCCGAUUUAUGAUAUCAAGUCGUUCCAGAAUACCAAGGGCAAAAUAUUCAGACCUCCUAUUUCGUGGUUCAAACAAGAUAAGGCAUUGUAUUUUCCUGAUUUCAUCGCGAAAACAUUGACUGGGAAGCUGAAUAGUCUAUAUGAUGUGCUCAACAACAAGUAUAGCAUAGUGCGAUUAUACUCCACAGCUAUAGGCGAGCAGUGCUCCAAAUCGUAUUUUAAAGUAGAUGAUGGGGAUUACUAUUCAACAGAUUACAAGAAAUUCACCGAGAAGUUCCCCAACUUUCAAAUUGUUGACAUUAAUAUGCCAUCCAGCUGGCUCAAAGGAUUCAUCUUGAAUUUAUCGUUGUCCAACUUGAGAAAGAUGAUUUUGCCCGACCGCUAUCAAAAUUAUUUCAUAUUGCCCUUGCAUAUAUUGCCUCCGGAGAUCAGGGAGCACUUGCAUUGUGACAACCAAUGCUCGGGCUAUAUUUACAUCCUUGAUCCUUCUGGUAAAAUAAGAUGGGCAUCUAGUGGGUACUCUACACCAGAAGAUCUUCAAUUGAUGUGGAAGGUUGUUAGGGGCUUGCAAAAGGAAGCGAUUCUGGAGCAGAAGAAAUGA